AUGCCUCGUCGACCUACGAAUCCUUUCGCCAACACCUCUUCUUCUUUCUCAUCCGCAAACUCCUCUGAAAAGGGCGGAACCUCCACCAAAGCUCCAGCCAAGUCGAGCCGCCUGAGCCAGCUCUUCUCGACGUCUCCCAAGGCCAAGUCGGAACCCCAGACGGCCCAGGCCUCCCUGCUCGCUGCCAGUGGCCUCCAGCAGUCGACCACUGCGACCCCGCCGAUCAGUUCGGCGUCACUGUCUCUACCGACCAUCUCCCUGUCCACGGCGACGGCCGAUAGCACCAAUAUGGACGAGCCGCCAACGACACUCUUUCAGCCUCCGUCCGCGGAGGAGACGCGCCGGCUUGCGAAGCAGCAUGCUCAAUUCGGACCUCUGGGCCACCCCAGCCACCGCUACACCAGUCGACACCAUGGCGGGGCCUUUCCGGACCCGGUGAUGGAUGAGCCGCCGUAUUAUUAUCUCCUAACCACCUAUAUCAGUUACCUAAUCCUAAUCGCCUUUGGACAUGUGCGUGACUUUUUUGGAAAGCGUUUCCGGGAAGAAAACUAUCGGCAUUUGAAGCCUCGCAACGGCUAUGGCGCCUUGAAUAGCGACUUUGACAGCUUUUACAUCCGUCGUUUGAAGCUCCGUAUCAAUGACUGUUUCGAGCGCCCCGUCACCGGAGUUCCCGGAAGGUACAUCACCCUGAUUGACCGCGCCACCAAGGAUCACAACAAGCAUUUCUAUUUUACUGGUACCACGACGGAUACUCUCAACAUGAGCUCCUACAACUACCUGGGUUUUGCUCAGUCGGAAGGCCCGUGCGCGGACGCCGCUGAGGAGACGAUUAGAAAGUACGGUAUCAGCGCCGUCAGCACCCGCGCGGAGGCCGGAACCCAGGAUCUUCACUUGGAGGUCGAGGACCUCAUUGCCAAGUUUGUGGGCAAGGAGUCCGCGAUGGUGUUCUCUAUGGGUUUCGGAACCAAUGCUACCGUCUUCCCGGCUUUGGUCUCAAAGGGCUGCCUGAUCAUUUCGGACGAAUUGAAUCAUGCAUCGAUCCGUUUCGGUGCUCGUCUCUCGGGCGCAUCGAUUGGCAUGUUCAAGCACAACGACAUGAAGCAGUUGGAGGAGAAGCUCCGCGAGGCCAUCUCUCAGGGCCAGCCUCGGACUCACCGUCCAUGGAAGAAGAUCUUGGUCGUCGUGGAGGGACUAUACUCUAUGGAAGGAUCUAUGUGUAACCUGCCAGGCAUCAUUGCUCUGAAGAAGAAGUACAAGUUCAACCUCUUUAUCGAUGAAGCUCAUUCCAUUGGUGCCAUUGGACCCAGGGGCCGUGGAGUGUGCGAUUAUUUUGGCAUUGACACUAAGGAAGUCGAUAUUCUCAUGGGAACGCUCACCAAGUCCUUCGGAGCCAACGGUGGCUAUGUCGCUGGAGACAAGGCUAUGAUCGACAAGCUGCGGGCGACCAACGCUGGUGUCCUGUACGGUGAAUCGCCUACCCCUCCUAUCCUGACUCAGAUCUCCACUUCCCUUCGGAUCAUCAGUGGUGAGCUUGUUCCCGGCCAGGGUGAGGAACGAUUGCAACGCUUGGCUUUCAACUCUCGCUACCUGCGUCUUGGUCUCAAGCGUCUGGGCUUCAUCGUCUAUGGUCACGAUGACUCUCCUAUUAUUCCUGUGCUUCUCUUCAAUCCCGCCAAGAUGCCUGCCUUCUCCCACGAGAUGUUGAAGCGAAAGAUCUCCGUGGUGGUCGUCGGUUACCCAGCCACACCCUUGGUAUCCUCGAGAGCCCGCUUCUGUGUGUCUGCAGCCCAUACCAAGGAGGACCUCGAUCGCCUGCUCACUGCGUGCGAUGAGAUUGGAAACGUGUUGCAGCUGAAGUUCUCGACCGGUAUCGCGGGCGGUUCUCUGCCUACUGAAGAACUGACGCCUGCACCGGAGAUGGAGAAGGUGUGGAACCGCAAGCACCGACCAGCAAAGACGAUUGCCCCUCCGAGAUGGAAGGUCGAGGACGUCAUCAGAAGAGGAGUUCAGGACGCGAAGGUCUCUCUACAAUAG